AUGAGUGCCAAUUUCUUUGGAUAUCAAUAUAAACAACGAUAUCUUGUACCUCUUAGACAGCCUUUUCAUAAGUAUGAUUCAUCAAGCAAUGAAAGACUUUGUAUGAUUCAAUUAGAUCGUCCUCGUACUAAAUCAAUACUUUCAUAUUAUGAUAAUGAUGAAACGGAAAAUGAAAAUAAAUUAUUGAAAUCAAAAUGGAUAUUUGUUCGACAACGUUUACCUGAAAUUCUUGCUUUAAGUUCGUCAUAUAGACCAGCAAAUCUACAAACUCAACUUACUUUACUCGUUGGAAUGAUGAAUAGACAAACAAAAAAUAUCAAUAAUGAUCAUGAUUAUAAUCUAUCUCAUAUUCCAUCGAAUGUUACUAUUGAUAUCGGUGGUCGUCGACGAUUAAUUUAUUUAAAACGUAUUCCACCUGAUCAAAUGAUACAUGUUGAUCUUGAUCAACUUUCAUUUUCUCUUCCAACACGACAACUUAUUUUAGCUAUAAGUCGUGGUAAUGCAUAUCAAACAGCAUCUAAAUAUUGUCCACCGGCGAUAACUGAUUUAUUAAUUAAUUUAUCUCAAACAAAAAUUGUUAAUGAUGGUAGAAAAUAUAAACGAGCAUUAUAUAAAAUGCUUAUUGGUAAAAUAAUCUUUUUUAUUAUAUUUAUAUUUAUUAGCGGAAUGAUGUUUACACUAGUUAUUAGUACAACAAAUACUUUAUUUAAAUUGAAUUCAUUUAAUUAUACAAAUCCAACACUUUUGGUGACAAAUGUAUCAUUACAUACAGAAACAGAAUAA